AUGGCAGACAGUGUCAACAUUUGUCAAAUAGAUUCUGAUUCUGAGUCUGACUUUGAGAACAUGGGAGAAAGUGAACCGGGUGGGGACUUCUCAGUGUUCUUUGGAGAGCCCGCCGCCAGCACCCAGAGGUGUCCUGAAACUCUACAGAUUGGUGUUUUCAGGGAGCGUCCUGACACAAAUGCAGAACGUCUGCCAUUUGCUGCCAGUGGUCCCAUUCGAGGCGAGCAGAUGAAUUCUCUGCAGAGGCAUCGCUGGUCGGCUGCCACCUUAAAGGUCCUCUCCGCAAUGCCCAGCCGCACUGCUGGUGAGAUGAAACCCGUCGUUGUUCACACAGGGAUGGAUAGCGCUGCAGUGACUCCUCGGCACAGCAGAGGGUCGUCUAUGCUACGCCGGCCCCAGACCUCCUCCUGGGAUUCUUCUCACCCCUCCAGAACAAUCCGAGAUGACUCGGUACAGGCAGAUAUGGAGGAAAUCGAUACCGAAGAAAACAAGAAGAAGCAGCUGGUGCUCAACCUCCGAGGCCUCUCGGUAAAAGAGGGCAUGCGCAAACUGCGGGCCACGCCGCUCAGCCUGGCCGAUAAGAUGGCCGUCAGGCGACUUGCUUUCCGGAACGUAGCGGAGAGUUCACACCUCUGCAGAAAUAUACCAUGCUACAGUCUCCUGAGCGUGUACAUAUCUAGGACGUGGCGUCAUUGCCUGUUCAGCUGCCUCCCCGUCCUCACCUCCCUCCAGUUGUGGCAUUCACCCAUGAAGAGUCUGAGUGGCCGUUUCGGAUCCGGGGUGCUUUCCUACUUCCUGUUUCUCCGAAUCCUCUUGCUCUUUAACCUCCUCCUCUUCGUCAUCUUCGGCCUGUUCCUGGUCUUCCCUCAAGCCGUCAACCCUCCUCCUCCUCUUCCUCCCGGCUCUGAUCUCGACAAUUUCACUGGCCUCGAGCUUCUCACAGGCACGGGUUACAUCUCCCACAGUGUGAUGUUUUACGGUUACUACACCAACACCAUCCUCCAAACUUGUCGGGCGGCUAACUCUACUGCCGACUCAGCGGAUCUGCCCGUCUGCGAUGCCGACGAGCCCCAGGCGGUGGCUUACAGCAUACCUGCAGCCUAUUUCCUCACGAUCGCCGUCACCUUCUUCAUCAUAUGCAUCAUCCUCGUGUACAGCAUGUCCAAGUCCUUCGGGAGAAGUUUUCAAGUCCUCAAGUAUAACAGAAACCUGUCUGUGAAGGUGUUCUGCUCCUGGGACUUUAAAGUCAGCAAGAAGAUGUCUGUCAAACUGCAGUCUGAGAAAAUCAGCACUCAACUCAAAGAGCUGCUGUCCGAGGUGAUCCGUGGGGAAGAUGAAAAGAGCUGCAGGCAGCGCCUCUGCCGCCUCGUGGUGCAUCUGAUGGCGUGGGCGACAUGUCUGGCCAGCAUCUGUCUGGGUGCCAUGGCAGUCCACUACCUAUCAGAGGCUGCCAUCAAGCAAAGUCCUUUCAAAGAAGCUGAGCUGCUGCUCUUGUCUGGUGUGGUGUCCGGCGUUAACCUUUUACUGCCCGGCCUCUUCAACCUGUGUGCCUGGAUGGAGAAUCAUGACUCUCCCAGUGUUCGUGUCUAUGUCUCCAUCUUCAGAAACCUAUUGUUAAAGGUCAGUGUUGUUGGAGUGCUGUGUUUUCGCUGGCUGGGAAGAAUUGCUGUGGAACCAGAAAUGUGUGGUUUACAGUGUUGGGAGAGCUUUGUGGGGCAAGAACUGUAUCGCUUGCUCUUGAUGGACUUUAUCUUCACAGUGCUUUACACUUUUUUGGGAGAGUUCCUGUGGAGGCUCUUUUCUAAGAAAAUUCUGAAAAGGAAAAGGAUGCCAGUGUUUGACAUUGCUCGUAAUGUGCUGGAACUCAUAUAUGGACAAACCCUAAUUUGGCUCGGGGUGCUGUUUGCGCCACUGCUUCCUGCGGUCCAGAUCGUAAAACUGUUUUUGUUGUUUUACAUGAAGAAGAACAGUCUAAUGCUAAACUGUCAGGCAUCCAGAACGCCCUGGAGGGCCAGUCAGAUGACCACACUAUUCAUCUCUCUGUUGUGCUUCCCCUCGUUCCUUGGCGCUGCUGUGUCUGUCACUUACAUCAUUUGGACGAUUAAACCGUCGAUAAAGUGCGGCCCUUUCAGGAAUCUCACCACCAUGUUUCAGUCGGGGCAGCUGUGGGCCCGGGAGCUGGAGACCGCCCACCCGACCUUGUCUCAGCUCAGCUGGACCUACAACGUUCUGCUGGAGAACCCACUGUUCUUAUUCAUCGCCGCUGGAGUCUUUCUAUUAGUGAUAUAUUUUCACACUCAAGUUGUUGAUGGCCAAAGGAGAAUCAUCAGUCUGUUAGAAAAGAAAAUUGAAAAUGAGGGUAAAGACAAAAAGUUCCUUAUCACCAACUUGCAAGCCCUUUAUGAACGGAGUGGUCUGGCUUCCCCUCGUAGAUAA